AUGUCUACCAUGUUCAAGCUGAACCCGCUGAGCAAGCUGAUCUUUCUCAGCAUCCUUAUAGCAAUUGGGUUUCUCAACAUCAUUUUGAGUUGCGCGUUGUUUGACAAUUGGCUGCCGUUGAUCGACGUGGGGAUCUUUCUCAUUGCGCCCCUUCCCAAUGCGCUAGCCCAAUCGCUUUCAAGUGCGUACGAGGCGGACUUUUUGUCGGACUCGAACCCGGAGGCUGCAGUCAAGGAGUUUCUGGAGUACUUGACUGGGUUUCUGGUGAUCAGUGGGCUGAUCUUCCCGGUGGUGCUGUUCCAUAACCAUCUCAUCAGCCAUUGGAGCCUUGUUCUUAGUAUCAGCGGCGGAUUCAUCAUUUAUCUGAGCAUUGUACUAUUUAUCGUGGGAUUCAAAGAAGAGGCCGACGACUACGACUUCUAG